AUGGGGGACUGGAAUCUACUAGGGAAGUUGCUGGAGAGUGCUCAGGAACACUCCACUGUCGUGGGCAAAGUCUGGCUCACGGUGCUCUUCAUCUUUCGGAUCCUGGUUUUGGGAGCGGCUGCUGAGAAGGUCUGGGGUGACGAGCAGUCGGGAUUCACCUGCGACACCAAACAGCCCGGUUGUCAGAACGUUUGCUACGACAAAACUUUUCCGAUCUCACACAUCCGCUUCUGGGUGCUGCAGAUCAUCUUCGUGUCUACUCCCACUCUCAUUUACCUGGGCCACAUCCUUCACCUGGUGCGGAUGGAGGAGAAAGCCAAAAACAAGGAGACUGAGGCCCAGGCCGACACCCACGCGCUGGGGCUGCCGGCUGACAAACAGCAGCUGCUGUCCGGCAAGAAGAGCCAGAAAGCUCCGGUGAGAGACGAACAAGGACGAAUCCGCUUGCAAGGGGUGCUGUUACGCACCUAUGUCUUUAACAUCAUCUUCAAAACCCUUUUCGAGGUGGGUUUCAUUGUGGCGCAGUACUUCCUGUAUGGCUUCGAACUGAAACCGCUCUACACCUGCAGCCGCUGGCCUUGCCCCAACACCGUCAACUGCUACAUCUCUCGUCCGACAGAGAAGACCAUCUUCAUCCUGUUCAUGCUGGCAGUGGCCUGCAUCUCUCUGAUGCUGAACCUGGUGGAGAUGUACCACCUUGGGUUCACCAAGUGUCGCCAGGGCCUGAGGUACCGCCGGGCCCAAUCCAUCUGUAACUCGGCCUCCAAACCCUCCAGCGAGGCAGCUGUGGUACCGUUUGUGCCGAGCUACCCUUACUACCCGCCUCAUGCACCAACGAUCCCUGCCUCCUACCACGCAGAAACACGCUACAGCAUCAGCGAGCCUGAGGGAACCUUCCAGCCAUACAGCAGCCGGGCUGCGUACAAGCAGAAUCGGGAGAACCUUGCAGUGGAGAGGGGCGGGAACUCAGAACCUACGGAUCCAAAGGACGACAAAAGGUCAAGCCCAGUCCAAGGGUCACCUUUUGAAAACCAGCGCCGACCCAGCCGAGGAAGCCGCCAGAGCACCAGUAAGACGACCAGACAAGACGAUCUGAAGAUCUGA